CAGGGCUUUCCUCCGCUAAGAACGGGUUAAACGACGGGUCCGUCAUCCCGCCAAUCUAGCUCUGACAGGGACGCUCGGUCCAUACGCUGGCGUUAUUGUUAUUCUUUUCACCUUUCAAAGACACUACUGUGUAAGCCUUGCCGUUUCGGCCAGCACUUACUUCCAACGACGGCGUCGAUUCAGUCAACUAUUCCUCAUAGCUACGGCCGUUGCAAUGGAGCAGUGUCUCGAACCCCCUCUUUCGCGCCUUUGAGGUUGAUCUCGCUCCAUCGCCGUCGACCACGAUGAGAAAACACGGCAACGAACGUACGGUACCAGCCUGGCGGUACCUUGAGUGCCUGAUACGAACCGCCAUUGGACAUCGUCCGUCACAUCUGCUUAGGCUGCAGCAAACAAUAGUCCGCUUACACCAAGACGAGCGGAAAGGCUCCGACCUCUCGUACCUCGGUCCUGUCGUGGCUCAUUUCCGCAUCUCAUCUUUGCACUGUCCGGUGACAGUCGCUCGGGUCCGGACCAGGGCCCUGCCAACGCAUGCAUUUCCUUACAAUGGCAAAAUGCCCGCUUCCAACAACCCAGCCGCCACCAAUCACCAACUCUGCAUCCUACCCUCCACCGCAAAGAGGACCACAACAGGUCAGCGAGGCGCCGCUGGUUAUCUGCGUGCCUUGCGUCGCCAUCUACGCAUCAUGGAAUUCGCCAAUGCCGGUGGUGGGUGCCACAGGCGAGGCCGGCAUGCUCUACCGCAAUCUCCAACUACCGCCGUCACUCGCCGUCCCACGGAGCGGCGUUGAUCACGGAAUCCGGCCGGCGUUCUCAAAAGCAUACGCUCCUCUGUGUGGCUGCUGUCAUUUCUCCUCGCGCCCAGGGUGACGGCCUGCAAUGCCGUUUUGGCUCUGUCACGGCGCAUCUGUCACAUCACCUAAAGAACUGGGUUAUCAAUGAUCCUUAACCAUCCAAUGAGCGCGCGAUUUCUUUGCAAUUUGGCUCGCGGUUGUGCGAUUCCGCAGCGUCCGUCGUUGGCAGCCCCCGCAUUGCACCCUUGCGGACUCCUGACAUCUGAAACGCAUAAUGGUAGGGCAC